UCUGCCCCUUACAAAAGACGGUAUAAAGGCAGCCCGUACUCGCCAUUCAUAGCUUUCAUAGGAAUACACAGAGCCUCGCCUCCAACGCAAAAACUGCUUCCCAGAAGUCUUUCGUAUUUUAUAUCCCUACCCGGACACUCGCAAAGCAGCAAUUACCUCUCACAGUGUUGAACCGGCAUGAUGGUGAACUGCUGUGGUCUGCUCACUGUCGAUAAGGAACCAGUUCCUCUGAAGAGUGUGGAGGUGGAUGUGGAGGUGAGGGACCAUGUGGCUACAGUGGUCUCCACUCUGAACUAUGAGAACAAGGAGGACAAACCACUGGAGGCUGUUUUUGUCUUCCCUCUGCCUGGAGAUGCUGCUGUCUGUCAUUUCAGCGCUAAGAUCGGACAGACACAGAUUGUAGCUGAGGUGAAGGAGAAGCAGGAGGCUCGGGAGGAGUAUGAUGACGCAUUGAGCUCAGGUCAGCAGGCCUUCCUAUUGGAGGAGAGUGAUCAGAGUCCAGAUGUAUUCUCUCUGAGUGUGGGCAGUCUGCCUCCAGGAGAGAGCGCCUCCAUCAGGCUGGAGUACGUCACUGAGCUGGCUGUGCAGGCUGAUGACGGGCUGCGGUUUUGCCUGCCUGCUGUGCUCAACCCUCGCUACCAACCUCAGGGCAGUGGAGGUGCCAGUGUCCAGGUGACUGCUGUUCCAGCCUCUCUGGUGCCCUACAGUCUGUCCUUCUCUGCCCGAGUGUCCUCUCCUCGUCCAGUCUGUAAAGUAGAGUCCAACUGUUCCCUGGACCCUCUGCAGUACCUCAACACAGAGCAAACCCAGGCCACGGUGAAGUUGGCUGCAGGACACAAGUUUGACAGAGAUGUUGAACUGCUGAUUUAUUACAAAGAUGCCCACCAGCCCACUGCUGUGGUGGAGGCAGGACAGGCCUCUGCCAAGCCUGGCACUCUGAUGGGUGAUCCAGUGGUGAUGCUGAGCCUGUACCCUGAGUUCCCCCAGGCUGUGAUGUCUUCAGUUGCCUCAUGUGGAGAGUUUGUGUUCUUAUUGGAUCGAUCUGGAAGUAUGGGUUGUCCUAUGAACAACAGCAGUAGUGAUCAGACUCGCAUUGGCAGUGCCAGGGAUACUCUGCUGCUCCUUUUGAAAAGCUUACCAAUGGGCUGCUAUUUCAACAUCUACAGCUUCGGGUCCAGCUAUGAACACAUCUUCCCUAAGAGUGUGGAGUACAGCCAGAAGACCAUGGAAGAGGCUCUGAAGAAAGUUGAGGAGAUGGGCGCUGAUCUGGGAGGAACAGAGAUCCUGAGGUCCCUCGAACACAUUUACAGUCAGCCCUGCAUUCUAAAUCAUCCUAGACAGCUAUUUGUCUUCACUGAUGGAGAGGUGUGGAACACCAAAGACAUUAUGAAUCUGGUGAAGAAGAAUUCAGGUUCCCACAGGUGUUUCUCUUUUGGGAUUGGGGAAGGGGCCAGCUCUGCUCUUAUCAAUGGGUUGGCCAAGGAAGGAGGAGGUCACGCUCAGUUCAUCACAGGGACUGACAGGAUGCAACCCAAAGUGAUGCAGUCGCUGCGAUUUGCUCUGCAGCCAGCUGUGGUGGACAUCUCAGUCACGUGGGAUUUGCCAAAGGGAGUGUCUGCCACUGUCCUCUCUCCACCAAUCACAGCACUUUUCCAGGGUCAGAGGUCACUGAUUUAUGCCCAGCUCACCGGACAGAGUUCAGAGGCAGCAGAGGGCUGUGUGACGGUGAAGUACAGCCUGGCAGGUCAUCCCUCUCAGAACCAGCUCCACUUCAGUCUCAGACCUGCAGAGGACUCUGGAUUAACGGUCCACAGGUUGGCUGCUCGGACUCUGAUUCGCUCCCUGGAGAUGGAGGAGAGAGGCCGCAGAGGACAGCAAGAUGGAGGAGUGAAGGAGAAGGUGGUGGAGCUCAGUGUCCAAUCAGGAGUGAGCAGUUCCUUCACUGCCUUCAUAGCUGUCAACAAAGGCGACGGCGAGGCGAUUCAAGGACCUCUGGUGCGCAGAAAUGUUCCAACACCCAGCCCAAUGAGGAUGGCCUAUAGCAUGGCAGCAUUUAGUCAGCCAGCCGCCUGUCGUCAAGGAGCUCUGCAGGACUGUAGUGUGCGUUCCAGGCCCUGUGCUCGUCAAAGCAGCAUGAAUUGUUCGAGUGGCAGUAGGAUGCUAUCGUGUCCUUCAACAGUUUAUGAUACCUGUAACUUGGAGAUUCGCUACAGUGAGUGCAGUUUGGGUGAUCCAUUCGAAAAGUCGGCUGGAACCUCACUUCCUGUGUCUAAGCUUAAAAACAAUGGAAAGUCUGUUAAGAAGAGAAGUGUUUUCAAAGUUUUCCGCAGAAUCAGCGGCUACUUUAAAGGUGGUCAGAGUGCCUCACCUCAGACCAACGACACGCCUUCACCUGGGCAUGCAGGCACUGAGCCCAGGCAGCCAUCCAGAGACCAUUUGCUGCAGUUGGUCUCCCUCCAGAAGGCGUCUGGCAGCUGGGUGCUGGAUCCAGCUCUGGCUGCUGCACUAGGAAAGACCAGCAAGGAGGUGGAGAACCUAAAACCUGCAUCGGUGAACCAGGAAGUGUGGGCCACCAUUCUGGCUCUGAUCUGGCUUCAUGGUUUCAAGAUGGAUGCUCAGGAAGAGUGGGAGCUUCUGGCUAUCAAGGCUGUGUCAUGGCUCCGUGCUCAGAAUGCACCAUGUGUGACAGAGUGUGUGGAAGCUGGAAAUGCUCUGCUGGGUUGCAACGUGCAGAAAGACGCCCUGGGGCUCUGAGGUUUUCAUUAAAGUGGCUUCUCCUUCAGGACUGGUACACAGAAGCAGAUCUAUUCCACAAACUUUAUCAUUUUUGCACUGUUCACAUUUAGUUAUGCAGCUGUUUGUUAAGCCCUUGCAUAUUAACUGAUGUAGUAAAAUAUGUUUUG